AGGGCCGGGGCCAUGGGCUGGAAGCGGAGCCCGCGGCCGCCCGAGGCCGAACGCGAGCCGGAGCCGCAGCCGGAGGCGCCGAGGGAGCAGAGCGGCUGAGCGGCCCCCGGAACGCCCGCCCGCGCCGUCCCUCCGCGUCCCCCCGGCCGGGCCGCACUGGAGCCCGGCGGCUGCUGCUCGGCCCCCGGCGGCCCCCUCACGCCGCCCAAGAAGAUGAAGAAGCGCAAGGAGCUGAACGCGCUCAUCGGCCUGGGCCCCGGAGACGGGCGCGGCCGCAGCCGCCGCAGCCGCCGGGCCUGGAAGGGCGCCGCCGGCCACCGGCUGCUGCGCACCGAGCCACCCGCCUCAGGCUCCGCGUCCAGCUCGGAGGACGAGGACGAGGACGACGAGGACGAGGACGAGCGCGGCGCCGGCGGCGGCGGAGGGAGUGCCCGCGCGCGCUUCGCCAGAGGGGACUAUUUCCGCUGCUGCAAGGUCUGCUACCCCCUGUGCGCCUUCGUGAUCCUGGCCGCCUGCGUGGUAGCCUGCGUGGGCCUGGUGUGGAUGCAGGUGGCCCUGAAGGAGGACCUGGACGCCCUCAAAGAUCAGUUCCGAAGCCUGGAAUCUAAUCAGAAAAGCUCAUUCCAAGAGAUCCCCAAACUAAAUGAAGAACUCCUCCGCAAACAAAAGCAGCUGGAGAAGAUUGAAUCUGGAGACCUGGGCUUGAGCAAAGUCUGGAUAAACAUCACAGAAAUGGCCAAACAGAUUGCUUCAUUGACUUCUACAGUGAAUCACCUCAAAGCUAACAUCAAAUCGGCUUCAGAUUUGAUUAGCCUGCCUGCCACUGUGGAGGGCCUUCAGAAGAGCGUGGCCUCCAUCGGGAGCACCUUAAACAGCGUCCGUCUGGCUGUGGAGGCCGUACAGAAAACAGUGGAUGAGCACAAGAAAACCAUCGAGACCCUGCAGAGUGACCUGAUCCAACACCUCUCGAAAGAGAGCGGGACGGUCACUCCCUCACCCUCUGCGGCCCCAGACCUGGGCAGGAAAAACCUGAGAGAGAGCUUGCAGCAGGACGUGCUCCACCUUCAGAGCUCCUUAGAAGAGGUCAGCAGUACCCUCGUGGGGUAUCAGAGGCAGAAUGACCUCAAGCUUCUGGGGAUGGACGGGACAGUCAGGAAUCUGACCCAGAGAGUCAGCUCGGUAGAAAGCGGACUGGCGGCUCUGAACAAGUUAGGGAAGAGAGACAACCUGUCCUUCACCAUGAUGACUGAUGGAGCUUCUUCUCUGAAAAGAGACUCUCAUAGGACAGAUGGGGAACAAGCUCAGAUCCUAAAGAAAGAAGAAAGUUCAGUCUCUAAGCUGAGGGAGAAGCUCCAGCUGAUCACUGCUCUCACAAGCAAGCCGGAGGCCUCCAAGGAAGAGAAAAAGCAGAGCGCUGCUUCAGAGCCAGCGAUGUUCUCCAGAAUUUCCUCACGAUCGCUUGGAAACCAGGUAGAGGCGGCUAAACACCUGAAACCCGUCAUCAUCCCCGAAAUUUCCAGCCUGGCAGAUCUCCUGGAUUUGUUCCAAAGGACGGGCCAGGGGCCCGAGGGAAAGCUCUCCUACCAGGAUCUCCGGAACCUGCUUGGCUCUGCCCUCCCACCUGCCCAGAGCAUGGCAGAGUUUGAUGUGGACAGAGAUGGGACGUACUCCUUUCCGGAGCUGAGACUGGCUUUAGGCAUUGAGCACAUGGAGCAGAAUUAGAAUUGGGAGCCCAGCCCCGGCCUUCAGCUAGCCAUCGCCUGCCGCGUCAGCCCUCCCUCAGCCCAGCAGCCCCCGCGUCGUGAAAGCUGCGUAGCCCCCCUCAUUUGGAGAAUCUAGAUAACGGUUAUUUUUUUAAAGAGGAGAACAUUUCCUUCUGGAAAGUAACUGCUUUCAGGGCACCCACGGAACGUCGCUUUUGAAACGCCCGCCAAUCCAGGGAGUCUUCCUAACUCCGGUCCCUCUCAAGAGGCAAGACCAUGUCUUUAAACUGAAAACCGUGUACAUAGAGAGAAACCCCUAUUUUCUAUUUUACAUAAAUUUGCCUUAAAUUAGCUGCACUUUAUAGAAACCCAGAAAAAUCUUGUCUUUUCUGUCCAAGAGAGGCCUUUUCCAAGCAUUUAUCAGUUGACAUUGAACGGGGAAUUAUGCGCAUUGGGGAGAUGUGAGAAAACAGUUCUGCAUCGGCCACUGGUGUCCAGACCCUUCACGCAGGACUCAGGCGGGAGGGCUGCUGCCUCUCCGGGGUUUUCUCACUAAGCUGUCACCCCGCUCCCAUCUCCGUCCUGACCAGCAGGUCAGAAAAAGGGCCUCGUGGGCCCCUCCAACCUCGUUGGAGGCUCUUCAGGUUGUCGAGCUUAGCUAAAGUGUUUGCAGGAAAGGAUGGUGUGAAACCCUGGAGCCCAGCUUUUGUGGCUUCUCCUCUUCCUGAGAUGUUGCCUUUCCCUCCCUGCCUGCCCCCUCCUCCCGCCGAUGGGACAGACACAGACUCAUCCCCUCCGUGUGGUCUCUGCUUGGUCACCGGGGCCGCCAGCCAGUGUCAGAGCCUCCCCCGGGAGGUUUCCAUGGGCAACAGAGUGAAAAUGAAAUGUCAGACAUGCCGGGCCCUUGCAUGACACAAGAGGCCAGAAAACUCCAGAAUCUUAGCAAGUGCAAUAGCUUUCUUUCUCCUCCCCCCCACAGUGGGGCUGGUGGUGGGCGUUCGGGGCAAUCAGCUCCAGCCACGUCCGGAAGCGUCUGAGGAGGAAGCCUCUGCAGAGUCAUCUGUGGGGACAGGGAGCCGGAGAAGUCAUGGGGCAAACGCCUUUAUUUAGCGGGGUUUGGCUGUUGGCCCCUUGGCAGCCUGGCAGUAAAGCAUCGCCCCUGCUUGAGUGGGGGCUGUUCUUUGGCGCGAUCCUUAAGUUAGAUUCACAAAACCCGUCGAGGCAGGUAAAGGUCAGCGGGGGACGGGGGGGCCAGCGCCCCGGGAAUGUGUCCAGUCUGCGCGACGAAGGCUUCUCCCUGCAUCCCCCCUCCAGCCGCACCAUGUCCCAGUGGGAGGACAUGAUCCGCUGACCACUGUCCCGGCCUUGCCUGUGACCCUCUUUGGUACAACUGUCCCUGUCAGUACUCUAACAACCAAAUAAAAUUCUAGCAAUAAAACUGACCACUCUAAGAGCUGUAUAUAUUGUCCCAUGAGGCUUAUGUCUACAUCUGUGAGGGUUUUUUUGGUUUGAUUUUUUUUUUGAAAAUUUUUCCGUGAAACAGCGAAGGGGACGGGCCGGCCGCCCUUUUUAACUUCAGAGCAGUUCGGAGAUCUUGGAGAGCCUUUGGGCCAUUUUAGUUAAAAAGUCUGUUUCUUUUCAAGUUUGGUUUAGGUGCUUACUCAGGAGGAAUCCCAGUGGCACGGGCUAGGCCGGGGCCAGCCAGGUCAUGAGGUUUUUUUUUGCUGGCCAACUCCCAAGGGUCCCGGGAUCGAGGCACCUGCCUGACUCCCUGAAGCACAACGCACUGACUGGCGGUGCUGCCCGGGCACUCGAGGCCCGAGUGACUGUGCCUCCUCCAGGCCCAGCGGCCUGGGACGGCCCUCCCAGGGAUGGCUUUCUCCCAGCCUCUCUGGCCCCGAGCAGCCAACCCUGCUGGGCUCCUCAGUCAUUUCACCUGCUCUCUGUGGCCCCGCUCUAACUCCUGGGACUUUCUUGCUUUCAGUUCCCUGGUUGUGGGGGCGGGAGUUGGCCAGGGAGCCCCCCAGGAUCUUGCCCAAAACCGGCCAACAGCUUCCAGUGCCCAGAGUGUGGCCCAGAGGAGAGGUGGGGGCGGGGCAUCAGAGGGAGGUGUAAUGAGAACCUAAGGGAGAGGGGAUCCCUUCUUCAUUAGCUGUGAACCAGCCCCUCCCAGUUCAGGGUCAGAGCAUCUGUGUCUAGGGACUGAAUCAGGAGCUGACCUCCCCCAUCGGUCCUUUGUCUCUUGUCUCCCUCCUCAUUUCUGUCUGUCUGUCUCUGCAUCUCCCUUUCUCUCCCCCUCCUCCGCUCCCCCUGUUUUUCUCUGUCUUUCCCCCUACUUCUCCAUCUCUCUCCCUUUAUCUUUUCUCCCCGACCCGUGUCUCUGUCUCUCCCACCCUUCACCUGGAGAUGCUCCCUUACCCUCCUGUUGAACUACAUUUUGUAGAGCAUGAGCCAUCUUGUCCUUGGUCAUCUACCUUGUCGCUGUCUCAUCCUGAGGCAAUAGGUGGAUCUGUCCUGUCCUGGGACCCGAUUGGUCCACACCCAGAGAGGGGAUGGAUGUCUCCUGCCUGAGAGGAGCUUUGCACUUUAUUAACAUGUAACAAGUUUGAAUUUCUCUAAAUAAAAAUUUCCUCUUUUUUUCUGA